UGCAUUUGAAGAAGUUUUCAAGUUUUUCCUUCUGUGCAGGAAAAAAAAGAUGAACCGAGUUACUGCGAUCCAAACAAACCCAUCAGCAUCCGGCAUUGACAUGGCUCCUUGCUUUAAGGUGACCGUGUUCGAGCAGGAGCAUUUCCAAGGCAAGUGUCAGGAGCUCACCUCUGAGUGCCGCAACAUCCAGGAGCGUGGGUUUGACAACAUCCGCUCUAUCCGUGUGGAGAGCGGCGCCUGGGUGGGAUAUGAGCACCACGACUUCCAGGGGCAGCAGUUUGUCCUGGAGAAAGGAGAAUACCCGCAGUGGGAUGCCUACAGUGGCAAUCUGGGCUACCAUGUGGAGAGGAUGAUGUCCCUGCGCCCCAUCUGCAGCGCUGUCCACCAGGACAGUCGGAUGACCAUCUUUGAGAAGGAGAACUUCAUGGGCCGCAGUGUGGAGCUGUGUGAUGACUACCCAUCUCUGCAGGCCAUGGGCUGGUGCGACAAGCAAGUGGGCUCCAUGCAUGUGCAGUGCGGCGCCUUUGUGUGUUACGAGUACCCCGGCUAUCGAGGACAGCAGUACAUUAUGGAGUGUGACAAGCACAGCGGAGACUACCAGCACUGGAAAGAUUGGGGCUCCCACUGCCAGACCCCUCAGAUCCAAUCCAUCCGCCGGAUCCAGCAUUAAUGCCUGAAGGGGAAAGAGGGGAAAGAGGAAGGAAGUGUGGGAGCACAGUCGUGGCUUCAAUCAUUCUAGCAGCAGACACUUUAUGAGGUGCAGUGUGGUAAAUUGUAGAACGUUCACUGGUUGCACGUAUGGUUUCCAUUUAUGGGGCUCCAGUACGAAACAAACCUAAUUAAUGAAUAACAAUUAAGCACAUAUACAGAUGCAUAUCAGGAAAAGGCACACUCAUAAGUGCUCAUGAAAUCCGGGAUAAAGU